AUGGGCGUGGUGAACUCGAAGGAUGAGAUUUGGCCUGAGGAUGCGGCCCUACCCUCUGCGGAUUCUCCCAGUGUGUGGAGCCACGUGCCCUGCGCUGACGAGGUUGUGGACUUGUCGGACAGCAUGAUCCAGGCUGAGCCUCUCUACCUCCCGCCACCACGCAUCGGCGCGGCGCCUUUGGUCCUUCCACCCCCACAGGUGGCACCGGCUCCACUGGUGGCACAGCGCUCUUUGGACGGUGUGCAGGGUGUGUAUGCACCUUACAGCAGCGCGGCUGCCCUGCCUGCCCAGCAGGGCACCCUGCAAGAUGCUUCUAAGACGCGGGAGGCCAGCGCGCAGCUCGCAGCUCCGGUGCUGCAAGAAGCAAGAAGGGCAUCGGAGCCCGCGACUGCCGCGCACACCAGUCCAGGCACGGGGGCUUCAGAGAAGCCCAGCAGCGAUCCCAAUGGGCUUAAGGCCGAGGAUGCAGAGGCCCCAAGUGGUGAGCUCAAGGGCCGACGUAAGAGUCUCUUCAUUGGGAUCAACUACUAUGGGUCCCAAGCGGAGCUGCAUGGCUGCGUCGACGACGUGCACCGCAUGCUUCCACUGAUCCACAGCUGGGGUUUCCCAGAGGAUGAGGCGCACUGCAAGGUGCUGCUGGAUUCUCCUGACUGGCCGACAGACAAGAGGCCCACGAAGGCCAACAUCAAAGCAGCCAUGUCCUGGCUGGUCGCAGGGGCAGCAGCUGGGGAUGCGCUCUUCAUGCACUACUCCGGGCAUGGUGGCCGGGAGCCAAGGACCGAUGGCAGGGGAGAGUGGCACGAGACACUCUGCCCGGUGGACAUGGAGGAGGCGGGCAUGCUAUGGGACAGCGAACUCUUUGAGUGCCUGGUGCGGCCUCUGCCGAGCGGCUGCCGACUCACUUGCAUCCUCGAUGCCUGCCACAGUGCCGGUGCCCUAGAUCUCCCCUACAUCUUCAUGGGCACCCCGGAGAACAUCAAGAGGGCGCUUGCAGGCGAGGCGAUGCAGAUGGCCAUGUCCAAACCUUGGCUUCGAGACUUCGAGCGCUGGGAGGACGACCCGGCCGCGCUCAUGGGAGACGUCGCCUCCGUGGGACUCGGGCUUUGGGACAUGUGGUCCAGGUACAAGGCCUCGACAUCUUCCAACCAGGAAGGCUUUUGCCAAGAUGAGCCAGGGAACGUUGGCCUGGCCGUCGGUGAGGUGGUGGCCAUCACCGGAUGCGCGUCAGAUCAGACCAGUGCCGAUGUGGGAGAUGUCCACUCCGAGUUUCAACUGCCCGUGGGAGGUGGAGGCCACGUCCGCCACGGCGGCCGCAGCACGGCCGGAGGAGCCCUGACCAGCGCCUUCAUCGAGUCUAUGGAUCCAGCGAUCUUGCAGGGGAGCAGCGUCAGCCACCUAGACCUCCUGGAGCACUUGCGAGGCCGGCUGGCCGACGCCGGCUACAGCCAAAUCCCUCAGCUGGCUUCCUCCAUGGUCUUGGACUUGAAGCAGUCCUUCUCACUGACCUCCUUGGCCACCAGCAAGCAACGCCAGUGCGCAAGCAAUGCUGCCAACGGUCAGCCCGCAGGGUGGGCCGGCACAGGGCAAAGAGCGGGCUUCGGGGGUUUCGGCGGUGGUUUCGGGGCCGGCUCCAUGGGAGGCCCCAUGGGGGGUGGUGGCCUCAUGGACAAUGGCAUGGGCCUCGCCAUGAUGGGUGCGCAGCAAUUCAUGCACCCAAGUGCCGCAGAGGCACAGCCUCAGGCACCGCUUCAGGCACAGCCUGCCCAGCCGAUGCAGUUGGCACAGCCAGUACAGCCGACACAGGUCCACGACUUUGACGAGGAUGAGUUCGAAGAGGGCUUGGCAGAGGAUGACGAUGAGGAGGAUGACUAUGACGAUGAGCUCGAUGAGGAUGAUUACGAUGACGACUACGACGAUGACUACUAG